AUGGACGUCCGCGUGCGUCUCGUGUUUGCCGGCGCUGUGGGACGCCACGUACAGCGUCGCCGCGGGUUCGCUUCGUGCUGGUACCUGCUCCCUACGGACAUGAAGAUCGUGGGCGACUUGGCGCACGCGUUGCUGCGGGAGUUUGGGCUGGAGACGCGUUGUCCCAAAGGGUGUGGAGCUGACGUUGGAAGAGCUGCCGGUGCUGGCGUCGCAGAGUAUCCGUAUCCUUCGGGACAACGAUACGAUUGGUGUCCAGUGUCCUCUGGUACGAAGGAGGGAGAACGAAGAAGGUGGGGAGGAGGAGGAGAUGGAGAGGACGAAGGGGGCAGCGGGACGCCGAGUUCAGAGAGUGAAGUGGAGAGUCCGAAGCUGCGGAAGCGUAAAGCGCGCGGCAGAGCGGACAAAGGGCCGUGUACGAAGAAGAAAAAGAUGGUGGACGGUGUAGUGGCUGGGGGGAAGAAGCGACUGGGCGGGGAGAAGACGAGGCAGGGGAAGCGCGUAGUUGAGCAGCGGCAGGCAGUGGAGGAGAAGACGACGAAGAGCAGCCGGGAGAGCUCGAGCUCGAGUAGUAGCUCGAGCGAUUCUGCUAGUGCGAGUUCUAGCUCGUCCUCGAGUGAAAGCAGUAGCAGCAGUGAGUCAGAGGACGAGCCUGUGGCUCCGUGCAAUCGGAUGACUGCGAGGAAGACGGCGGCAUCGGGUAAGCAAGGGCUACACAGUGGUAAAGAUGGAGGUGGUAAGCAGACGUCUAUCUCUCGUGCGCCGCCAAGCACGACAAGUGCGACUGCACCCGGCCAGAAUAAAAAAGCACCACGUCGGAGACGACGGCGAUUGCGACAGCGGGGAGGUGGCCGAAAACAUGCGGGCGACGUCUGUGAUAUUGCAGACAGCUCCACGGACGUUGCGACACUGUCAACUGACGCUUCGGUGCAACAGGAACAAGCAGUGGGUCCCUCGAAGCAAGUGAAACAGGCCGUGUGUGCAGAGAGGCAAAGCGACGGUAGCGCUGCUGACGUCAGAGGCUAUCCUCGUGCUAAAGCGCAUGUUCUUUUCGACGAAGAAACUGGAGAUGAAAUAGCAGUCAAGCGUCAUGAGCUGCCGUGCGAUAUUAGGGACAACCGUUGGACUGAUCGAAGGCCCCGAGCACCUGAGUUGGCAAAGUAUGGUCCGUCAUUGUCAAACAGCCUGCCGCCAAGGGCUGCAUGCGACAAUCAGGAUGAAGUAGCACCUUCCUCUACCAGCAUGGUUCAUGGAAAUCAAGACGUCCCUAAACGAGCAGGAAAAAGCAAAUAUGAAGAAAGGUGGAAGCGACCGUACAAGAUUGUCGCGACUGUGCUUGACAAGCGGUCGGAUCAGUCGAGCACGAACGACUCGUUGACUGCGGAUCUUACUAAGUUGCUGGAGUCGUAUCCGGCAGCCCCUGCGGCUUCGUUCCACUUUGUUCCAAAGGAUGUCAUUGCUUACAAGACGCUUACGCUUUGCGUUGACACGUGGCAGCCUGUGCUGAGCGAGUGGCGAUGCGGCCAAGUGCAGUCGAUGGACGUGCCAGGCAAGGCAGUUGAUGUGUUGACCUGGACUCUUGCUGUCAACGACGGCUCCAUAGCCUUCCAUGAAGCUAUACACAAUGAGCAGCAAAGCGUACAAGCUGGCGAGAUCAGCGAGUUGCGAUUUCUGAGCGGGCCGAGCUACUCCUCAUUGCGGAAUGUCGAUGCCGACGGCCAGGAUAACGCAAACAAGACAGCCGGCAGUACCGAGCAAGCCGUAUGUUGA